GCCGCUCGGAACGGCGGACGGACACGGAGCAGCCGGACAAAGUUUAAAGAUUUAAUUAUUUAAAUUAAAUCAUUUAAUUAACAGCAGAGAGACAACAGACACGUGAUUUACCCGCGAAGGACCGAGAAGACACGGCGACAGCCAACAUGGCGGACACACGCUGUGCUGUGUGUGUCACAGAUGAGCGUCUGACCGCAGAGCAGAUGGAUGAACAGAGGAUCCAGAACGUGGCCUAUCAGUACCUCUGCAGACUGGAGGAGGCCAAGAGGUGGAUGGAGGCAUGUCUGGGGGAGGAUCUUCCUACUCCCACAGAGCUGGAGGAGGCGCUGAGGAACGGAGUCAUUCUCGCCAAACUGGGUCAUCGAUUUGCUCCGAACGCUGUCGCUCUGAAGAAGAUCUAUGACCCCGAGCAGCUCCGAUACCAGGCCGUGGGUCUGCAGUUCCGUCACACUGACAACAUCAACCACUGGAGGAACGCCAUGACAGCGCUCGGACUGCCAACGAUCUUCCACCCAGAAACUACAGACGUGUACGACAAGAAGAACAUGCCAAGAGCUGUUUACUGUAUCCACGCACUCAGCCUGUACCUGUUCAGACGAGGUCUGGCUCCUCAGAUUCACGACCUUUAUGGAAAAGUCAAGUUCACAGAGGAGGAGAUCACUAACAUGAAGAUGGAGUUGGAUAAGUACGGGAUCCAGAUGCCGGCGUUCAGUAAGAUUGGAGGGAUUCUGGCAAAUGAGCUUUCAGUGGACGAGGCUGCAGUCCAUGCAGCAGUGAUCGCCAUCAAUGAGGCGCUGGACCGGGGUCAGGUGGAGGUGCUGGCGGCGGCUCUGAGGAAUCCAAAUGCUCUGCUCAGUGACCUGCAGGAGGCGCUGAUGGGCGUCUACCAGGAGGUACUGCGUCGGGCCAAGAGAAGGAAGGAAGAGCAGCCGGCCAAUCAGUGUGAAGGUCUGGAGGACAAAGACAUGUACGAAGAGUUUCUGACUCAGAGAGAAAUCCAGAACAACAUCAACAUGGUCAACAUCCGGUCGGCAGUGGAGCGGGUCGACGAGGCUCUGGACUCUGCAGAUGAACUGUCUCUGCUCUCGGCUCUGCAGCUGCCAUGUUUGAACCUCAGAGGCCUUCACACAGAGAAUGGACCGUGGUACCAGGACCAGCUGACAGCAGACCGCCAGCAGAAGGCCCUGGAUGUGGGCUGUGUCGACCCGCUGAAGCCUGACGAGCUGCAGGAAGCUGUGACCAUCGCAAACCAGGACGCUCACAGAGACAGAGCCAUCCAUGCAGCAGUCCAGAGUGUGAAUGCCUGUCUGCGUCUCAGUGACCACAGACAGACGGUCACCUGUCUGAUGACCUCUGACCUCCAGCUUCCUGAAGUAUUUCCAUUUGCUGCGACGCUUUACCACCGCGAGCUGCAGCUGCUGCAGAGGCAGAGCCCACAGGGGGAGCUGCAGCAGGAGGAGCUGUUUGUUGCCGUGGAGAUGCUGUCAGCUGUCGCGCUCAUCAAUCAAGCGCUCGGGGUCGGACAUCUGCAACUGUUCAGCUCCUCACUGGUCAGUCAGUCUGCAGGGCUCUCUGAUGUUGACCACACCCUGCUGGACAGGUACUUCAGGUGUCUGGUUGGUUUGAAGCAGCAGGCGGGAAAAGAUCUGCUGACCUGGAACCAGCUGCAGGAGGGAAUCAACUCUGUGAACGCUGAAGUACAGGAUGAGCACCAGCAGCUCCUGGCAGUGGGCGGAGUUAAUGCGGCGGUGCUCCGAGGCGACCGUCACCAGCUGCUGUCUGCUCUGCGGCUGCCCUGCUGCUCCGUGGACGAGGUCAUACCUGCGAACAGCUGCAGGUACCUGACACUGCUGACCAGAGCCAGGCAGCACAAAGCUCAGGUAAGCAGAGACCCAGGAGCUGAGCUGUGGUUGGCUGACAUCCAGGGAGCGGUGAGGAGAGCCAAUCAGGAGAGUCAGAUAGCUCUGAAGUUGUGUCUGUCUGUAGCUGCAGUGAAUCAGGCUGUGAAGGAGAACCGGGUCAAACAGACUCUACGGGUUCUGAGUUUACCUGAAAUCCAGCUGCACGGACUGAUGCCUACCUGUGCUGCUGACUACCAGAGAGAACUCCUCCGUCUGAUUACAGACAGGAUGGACACAGGUGACAACAGGAGUCCGUGGGUUCGAGUCCGGCUGGACGAUGGGUCAUUUUACUUCUUCCACCUGAACAGACUGGAGGGCACCUGGGAGAAACCCAACAGCUUUGUACACAACAGUGUGUUCCUUGACCGACACCAGAUACAGGAGGUGGUCAGCAGUGUUUCAGGCUCGUACAGUCGCAGCGUCCUCUGGAGGAGCAGUGAAGCCCUCAUCGUUGGCCUGCAGGCCGUCAGUCGAGGGUUCCUGAUUAGACAGAAGCUGGAGGCCCGACGACGUUACCUGGUCAGUCAGACACCUGCUGUCAUCAUCAUCCAGUCUCACUGGAGAAGGUUUGUUCAGCAGAGGGCGUACAGACGUCGGCUGCAGCUUCUCUACAUGAACUGGAGAGCCGUUGUCAAGAUCCAGUCGUUUGUCAAGAUGUGGUUAACAAGGAGGAAAUAUCAAGCUCGACUGAGUUUCUUCAGACGUCACGUGGGCGCUGUCAUAAAGAUUCAGGCCUUCUUCAGAGCCAACAGGGCUCGAGAUGAGUACAGGAUGUUGGUGCACUCGACCACGCCCCCCCUGUCUGUGGUCAGGAAGUUCGUUCACCUGCUUGACCUGGGUGACAGUGACAUCAGAGAGGAGGCGGAGCUGCUACGUCAAAGGGAGGAGGUGGUGAGGAAUAUCCGCUUCAACAGACAGCUGGAGGCAGACCUCGACCUGAUGGACCUGAAGAUUGGCCUGCUGGUCCGAAACAGAGCCACACUGCAGGAAGUGGUUUCUCACUGUAAGAAACUAACAAAGAAGAACAAGGAGCAGCUGUCGGACAUGAUGGACGUGGGAAGGAGUAAAGGACUAAAGGCUCUGAGCAGAGAGAGGAGAGAGAGACUGGAAGCCUACCAACACCUGUUCUACCUGCUGCAGACUCAGCCUCUGUACCUGGCUCAGCUGAUCUUCCUGAUGCCUCAGAGUCGCUCCACCUCCUUCUUGGAGAUGUUGGUGUUCAGUCUGUUCAACUACGGCUCCGACCGCAGGGAGGCCUUCCUGCUGCUGCAGCUGUUCACUGAGGCGCUGCGAUACGAGAUAAGGCUGAAGGUGGAGCAGCCUCAGGAUGUGGUCACAGGUAACCCCACUGUCAUCAAGAUGUUGGUGAACUUUUACCGUCACGCUCGUGGUCAGAACGCCCUGCGGGAGUCUCUGGGUCCGGCUCUGCAGGACGUCCUGUUGGACCGAACUCUGAGCAUCAGGACCGACCCAGUGGACGUCUACAAAACCUGGAUCAACCAGACUGAGACCCAGACGGGACACAAGAGCUCGCUGCCGUACGAGGUCUCACCUGCAGACGCUCUGAGUCACCCUGAAGUCCAGAGACGCAUCGACAUCGCCAUCAUCAACCUGAAGAACCUGACGGACCGUGUCCUCAAGGCCAUCACCUCCAACCUCCACAAACUACCGUAUGGGUUGCGUUACACGGCGAAGGUUCUCCGAGACACUCUGAAGACAAAGUUCCCUGAAGCCAGCGAGGACGAACUGUACAAGAUUGUCGGUAACCUCGUCUACUAUCGCUACAUGAACCCGGCCGUCGUGGCUCCAGACGGGUUCGAUGUAGUGGAUCGGUCUGCCGGCUCCGCUCUGCAGCCAGAGCAGCGUCACAUCCUGGGCUCCAUCGCCCGCAUGCUGCAGCACGCCGCUGCCAACAAACACUUCCACGGAGACGGAUACCAUGUGACUGCCCUCAACCAGUACAUCAGCCAGACCCACAACAAGUUCAGGAAGUUCCUGAUGUGUGUUUGUGACGUUCCUGAACCCGAGGACCGGUUCAACGUGGACGAGUACUCGGAGCUGCUCAUCGUCAACAAACCCGUUGUCUACAUCUCCGUCAGCGAGCUGCUCAACACACACCAGUUGUUGUUGGAGCAUCAGGAGGUUUUAUGCCCCGACCUGUCAGAUCCUCUGAGUCUGCUGCUGAAGGACCUCGGAUCAGUCCCAACCCUGCAGGAGCUCAUUGGAGAGUCUUUAUCACCAGAUCCAGGAUCAGAGUCCGGUCCGUCUCAGAGGAUGGAGGUCUCUCUGACGCUCACCAACAAGUUUGAUGUCUUCAACGAGGCUGACGACAAACAGGAUAGCAGAGCGCUGCUGCUCAGCACGAAGCAGCUGAUCAUCGAUGUCAUCAGGACACAGUCAAGUGACUCUCUGAGCGACCUCCUGAGAGCAUCAGCAUCACAUGACCAGGAAGUGUGUCAUGAUUGGCUGAUGCAGCGCCGCGCUCGGCAGGAUGCUCGAACACCUGAGAAGAUGAAGAGGAACCAGUCGCUGGUCGCCAAUGGCAACCUGAGCUUGGAGGAGAAGAAGAGGAAGAUCCUGAGGAGUCUUCGUCGUCUGGAGGGCCUUGGAGUUCUGGUUCCACCGCAGACCGAGAACCAGAUCCUGCAGAUGAUCGCCAAGGACAUCCGUCAGCAGCGUCUGCACCGCCAGCGCCGGGGGGCGGAGCUUCAGAAGCUCCAUCAGACUCUCAGCAGCCUGCAGGUGAAGAGCACCUUCCACAGCGAACAGGUGGACUACUAUAGACAUUACAUCACUUCCUGUCUGGACAACCUGACCGCCAACAGUAAAUUGACCAAUAAGAAGGCAGCAGAGAGCAAAGGGAAGAAAAAGCUUCCUGUUCUGAGUUACAGCGCCGCCCGGCUGCAGGAGAAGGGAGUUCUGUUAGAGAUCCAAGACCUGCCCGCUACACAGUUUAAGAACGUCGUGUUCGACAUCGUUCCCGGACCAGAGAGAGGAAGCUUCAACGUCAAAGCUCGUUUCCUUGGAGUCCAGAUGGAAGAGUUCCUGCUCAAGUACCAGGAUCUGCUGCAGCUGCAGUAUGAGGGCGUGGCCGUGAUGAAGAUGUUUGAUAAAGCAAAGGUCAACGUCAACCUGCUCAUCUUCCUCCUCAACAAGAAGUUCUUCAAGAAAUGAACCAAGUGAUGCUCUUACCUUCAACUCCCAUCUCUGAUUAUAUAGAAUGAAGCAUCGUCUCUACUCUCCUAUCUCUGAUUAUAUAUGUCACUACAUUAUAUAUUUUAUACUUGACUACGCCUGUCUUUAUAUUUAACAGUGUGAAGUAUCUAUACUUUACUCCCAUCUCUGUUUAUACGUCUUACUGCAUUGUGUUUAAAUUAUAUCGUACAGAGUGAAGCAUCGUCUCUACAAUCCUAUCUCUGAUCAUGUUACUACAUUAUAUAUUUUAUAUUUCAGCUCUAAACUCCGGUCUGUAUGUUAUCCUUCAGACAUGUUGGUUGACUGGUUGGUUGGUUGACUGGUUGUUUAUUUUGUUGACUGGUUGUUGGAUUGGUUGGUUCAAAGCUCGUCAGUCACAUAAGCUUUAUUAACAUGAAUGAUGUCAUAACAUUUUAAAGUUGUUAGGUCGUGUUUAAAGGUCAGAUUUAUUGUUCAACGUGAAUCAUCUUCACUUCACUCCUAUCUUUUAUUGUAUGCGUUAUAUAUUUUAUACUUCACCUACCUGUAUUUUAAAAGUGAAGUGUUGUCUCCAUACUCCUAUCUGUUUUUAUGUCACUACAUUAUUUGUGAUCAGCUGUUGUGACUAUCAAUAAUCAAUACCUGUAAAUAUUUUCCUCUUUUUGAACUUCUGAACAAACUUUUACUUCAAUAAACAUCUGAACGAUUUGAGCUAA